UGCCUAGAGUAGCCCAUCAACAGAAAUCCUUCAAUUUCAAAAUCACCCAAAAGAAAGCAACUUUGUUUUAGGGAGAACGAGUAACCCAAACCUCAAUCAUCAAAUAUGAACACAGACAUUACAGCAUCAGCAAAGCCAGAAUACCCAGUAAUAGAUCGCAAUCCACCUUUCACCAAAGUCGUGGGAAACUUCAGUUCUCUUGAUUACUUUCGUUUUGUCACAAUUACUGGUGUUUCUGUUACCGUUGGCUAUUUAUCAGGUGUUAAGCCUGGGAUCAAAGGUCCGUCAAUGGUGACUGGUGGAUUAAUUGGAUUAAUGGGUGGGUUUAUGUACGCUUACCAGAACUCUGCUGGAAGAUUAAUGGGGUUUUUCCCUAAUGAACAAGAAGCAGCUAAGUACAAGAAACAACUUAAUCAUUAAUAAUCAGAAACUUUUUUGAAUUAUUGGAAUAUAUUGGUCAUUGUUAAGGGGGUUGUUUGUUUUAAUAUUGGAAUGAAAUCAAUCAAUCUAUAUUAAGAGUUGUUUUCAGUGUUUUGUUGUUUGUAUCAUGCUGUAGUUUGAUUGGAUAAUGGUAUACUCUAAACCCUAGUUCUGUUAGAAUUUUUGAUCAAUUGGGAUUGUUUACUGAUAAUGAUGAGAAAAAUUGUUUGUUUUUUUAUUAUUAAUUUUUUUUAUGUUUACCAAUUCUUGUUUGAUGUAUUUAUAUAGAUUAAGGUUAUGGCAUUGUUAUUAGUAUUGUUGUUGCCUUCAUUUGGGUUCGAAGGAAGUACAAGUAUGGAUUGUUCAUCACCUUCACCCACCCAGACCUUGUUUUAUAGCGGGAUAUUGGGUGAAUGAUGAUAUGUUUUGAUUUAUAUUGGAAUUAAGACCUCCAUUGUUGUUGUGAAAGUGAUGAAGUUUGUCAAUUUUAGUUGUUGUCUUAUGUAAGACAUGGGGGAAUGUGUGUGUGAAUUAACUCAUUUCGUUGAGUGGCACUAUGAAGUCGGUAGUAGAUUGCCAAAAAUAGUGAAGUAGGUUGAGGGGAGACUAUAAGCUUCAGUUGGAGAAUUCGACCUUCAUGAUUUGGGAUUUAGGUUUUGUUUGAAAAACCUACAACCUUUAUUAGGUUAGCUAGCUGCUUUUUGAUAUAAGUUGAUUGUUUGCAAUACUCAAUAGAAAGGAUACUUAUCUUUCUAUGGAGUAUUCAUUUAGAUGAGCACUUUGGCCUUUGAACAUAAUUGUUAGUACAGCAUUGCCUUUCGGCCCGAAAGAUUCACAACUCUAUGGCUCUGUUGACAUGUUGAUUUCCUUACUUGUUAGCUUCUUUUAUAUUCAUCCCUUAUACAAUAAAAUAAUAUAUCCAUUGUCUAAAUGAUUCAACGUUUUAAAUUCUCAUGAACAUUGCUUGUAAGAACACCAAAUAGGAACGGAGAGAGUAUCUCGUAGGAUAACCCUUGGGCUAAUCCAUUGAUUUUUCCCUUUUAUCAUGUUCUUAGUUCUUGCCUUCUAUCUUGUGGUAAUUAAAAGUCGGCAUAUAAUUAUCAUUUUAUUCAGUUCCAUUUUUGGUGUACAAUGGGAGAUGAAUCUAGCAUGUGUUGUGCCUAAUGUAUUAUAGCUGAUGCAGCUGAAUGGAAAGGUUUUUUGCAAUAGUUCGUAAGCAAAUCUUAUUGGAGUAUCUUCUCCUUACUACAUGUUGUCCAUCUUUACCUUUGCCUGCAUAGGUGGGGUUUAGAUAUAACAUGUUUAGCUAUUCUUGUGAGAGACGACCUCAAAAUAAGAGGUUCAUAUGCUAUAACUUUCUAUUAUUAGGCUAUUUUUAACCCAAGGAUGAGGCACGUCUCCCGGUGAGAUUGUCUUCUACAAGAAUUUGUGUAACGUGUUAGUUCUUUUCAAGUGAGUUGAUGUAUAAGGCUAGUUACUCCAUGUGUCCUUAUUAACUAGCAACACUUUCUACUUCCAUCGGUCCUUUUAACUUUACAACAUUUUCUUUUAUGUAAUUGUAUACUUCUCUUUUUUUAAUUCUGAUUCACACAUUGUCUCUCCCUUUUAAUGUCCACAACAUUUCACUACUUCCACCACUUUUCUACUAUUCAUGCCAUUUGAAGGUGUUACAAUUUCAUGGGACUGUAGAGAUCUCAUAUGCCAGGUGAUAUUCAAGUUUAGGGGUUCUCUUCAAUCGCGAUCUCUUUGUGAUGAGGAUAUUAAUCUGUCUUUGUUCCCUCUCUCCCCAAACCUUGCUUCUAAAUGGGAAUCAUUAGGACGAUGAUGAUGACAAUUUUAUGGGACUAAGGGAGUAGUAUUCGAAAAUGUUACCAAUUCCUAUGACAUGGCUUAUAAGCAUGAUUAGAGUUCUUCCAAUCUUUAACAAAUAUGCACCAGACUUGAAAACAUAUCAUGAUAUCUUUGAAUGUUACACACUUACACUGGACAAGCCUUGUGCUUGGUGAAGCAAAUUUUCUGCGAAUGCUCUUCUUUUGGAUAUGAAUUUGAAUAAGGUUUUACAUUUGCUAGUCUUGGCAGCACAAUGGGAGUACGAUGCGAUAUCGAGUGGGCCAAACACUAUCUUUGUGAGAUCGUCUUUAUGUCCUGCUAAACACUAUCUUUGUGAGAUCGUCUUUAUGUCCUGCUCUGAAUCUUACACUUUGUCUUCUCUCAUUAUCACCCCUUUAUGACUAUAUUCUCACCUUGUGUUCUGCUUGUAGUCUGCAUUUUUCAUGUUUUAUCUUGUGCGUUGUUUUUCUACAUAGCUGGGCUAUAGAGGAGGGCUGCAGCAUAUAUUCUAGAACUACUCUUGUGAGAGCUGGUCUCUCGGUGAGAUGAUUUCAAAUAAGGAGUCUAUAUUCUUAUAAUAUGUAUGAGAUGGGCUAUGUUUUUCGAUGAGACCGUCUCAUAGAACAAUGUGUGUAUAUUCUAUGUAGCUAAAUAGUGAGGAAUUUGCAUGGAGGAGGGAAUUGAUUAUUCUGGAGCCUUACACAUGUCUGAAACCAACUAUUUUCCGUAUCUCUUCACAUUGCAACGAAGAUUGUAAAAAGCUAACUCAACUGAAAAUAGUCAAUUAUCAACUUACAUCUGACCUAAUAUAUAAUGAUUCCUGCAAGACUCGAGUAGAUAUACACUUGUGACUCGAAACAUAUCCGACUACUUUGAAUUUGAAUUUAACAUGUAACCGAUUUGAGAAUGACCUUAAACUGAGAUCAAAUUUGAAAAUAUGGAUAAUUAAACUCCGCCUACACCAAACUUGUGAUUGUCUGAUUGAGCCAAACUAACAUUUUUAUGGGUAUGUAAUGUAACCCAUAAGUACUGACUAUGCUAAUAUUCAAUCAGACUCGACUGAACCAUACCCAAUUCAAUAUUGAUUUGGUGUACACACAUUUUUAAAAUCAAAUCUUUGAGUUGCUCAAUACAAUAAAACCAUAAAUGUGAUAAAGUGAUAUUUAAAUAUGUGUUACUCUAAAUUUGACGAAAUUUGUUGUUUUUCUUUUUAGUCUGACCCAUUAAAUGUCGUUUAUUUUUUAUUUUUGAUUAUGAUUCACACUCUUUUAAUUAUUAUUCACAUAUUUAACUUAUUUUUUCAUUUCAUUCACAUUCCACCCAUUUCUUUUAUCUCGUAAAACACAAUUUUAUCAUUUUUAAAAUUUUCCCUCUGAUUACCAUUAGGGAGAGAUUGAUGAGACUGAAGGAGUAUUUUUUUUUGCUUUCUUCAUAUUUUAACCCAAUUUUCUAAAGUCGCCAC